AGAAACCUGGCUGGAAUUUACGCUUGGCCGUGUGAUGAAAAAUAUAACAUUGUAAUAUCCAAGAUAGGGCCUAAAGGAAAGCACAAAAUUGGCACUGAGUAAUAUUAAUGAGUGAUUUGCUGAACGGCCUUGCAGUAAUGAGAUGACGGCACCAGAGGUAUACACGCAUCUCAUAUCACGUGAUCUCAAAACACGACAUAAAUUGGUUCCCUGUCUGAAGCUUCUAUUCGCCUCAGCACAAUAUGGUGUUGUGUAGUAUCAUCUAUAAUACAUAAUCCUCUGGAUGCAUAUUAAAUUGUCUUGUAUCUUGGAAGUGUGUUCUUGGACAGUAUAGCGGUCUGGUAUAUUGGUUCUGAGUUUCUGGACAUGCAUGUGAUUCUCAGAUAGCUAUUUGGCACCAUAUUCUUCUUGAUCUUGCUCAAGACGAAUGCCUCGAUCUGACAACAUUUACGUGAGCAGGAAGUAAAACUCAACAUCUAACACUGAGACCGAUUUAUUGGGUACUUGACAGCUUUAACUACCUCUGGCAUCCGAAAUGCCAACCGAGCCACCAGAAUACACCAAACUAAUGCAGAAUGUGGCAAAACAGAUCGAAUCUACUCCUGAUGGACUCAUGGACUUCAGAAACACUAGUCGUGCUCAGGGGCACGUCAGGGCUUUCGAUCUUGACAAGAAAAGGGCAUACGACAUCAUCAGAAAUCUUCAGAAGAAGAUGAUUGUACAUCCGGGUCAGUAUGAGAAGUUUGUGGAGUUCCUAGAAAUCAUCGGAAGAGAGGAUGUCAUCAAGAUGCUUCCGGGUUACCAAGACUAUCAGUCUAAGGAUGGAGGGAAUAAUAACCGAGCUCAUUACAACACCAUACCGGAGAAGGUUGAAACCAAAAUUGGCACUUCACAUUCUGCAGUUGCUGGUAGGGUCACAGACAUAGAAAUCUCGAUUCUAUCGGACAGCAUCCCACCAGACUGCGUGCUUCGUUUUGGCAUCUUCCUCGACAUGUCCUAUCCGGAGAUCGAGACACAACGCCGACAAGGAGGAACUACUGGUAUGCUGUUUCAUUGGCGAAAAAAUGUGCCUGAGCGAGACCAAAGGCAACAACUUCAACAGGCACUGGAGGAGGCUCGCCUGGGUCAUCUGGUGACUGAUUGUUUUGGAAAUGGAAAGAAUUCUUCACGCAAAGACACAGGACCUCUGAGCCGAUCUUCAAUUAUAUCUGACAAGAUUUUAAGCAAGCUAGCUGGGAAGAUUGGCGAAGGAUGGUCACAGUUCGGCAUCCAACAUCUAGGCAUGUCAAAGGUCGACAUUGAUCAUUUCAAACACAACAGAUCAACCAUGGAGGAAACGAUAUUUGGCAUGUUGUAUGAGUGGCGUCAACGUCAUCAUGACGAUGCAACGAUUGGCAAACUACUUGAUCUAAUGGAGGAGAGUCCGAAUAUCUCACUGGACUCUUAUAGCUUUAUUCUAGAAGAACUGCAAAGCAGUGAUCUACACCAGUGAGCAUUGCGAAAGAAUAUGCGACUUAGUGACUGAUAUCAUGACAAGAGCGUCAUCAAGGUGCUAACAAACACAGGACUAUUUUAUUUGUCGAGUAUUAUACCUACAUUCCAGUUCCGUUGUGUAUUAGUGAUCCAGAAGAUGUGUUCGCCCUCAAGAUUUUGUCUAUGAACUCAAAGAUAUCGCUGGGUGUGUGGCCUCGACUCCUUUGAAAUCUCUCCUUCUAAAUUGUUGUAUUUAUUAUUUUGUGCGCGAAGUCGUCCCCGAUACUUAACUCCAUUAAAACUGAAGCGGCACUGGAGAUCGUUGGCCAUAUUUUGUACAUAAUCUUGAGAAUUGUCUAUAGUUUGAAGUUUGCUUCAUGAUUGCACCCAUGUUCAUCCGAGUAUUACUAUUUGAAACCAUGUAAACCAAACACUUCCUAGCAACCACCAUUCAUCAUUACCUUGCAUAAUGCACCAUUAUUUAUCAUUAUUUAGCACAAUAGUAAAUUAAAAUUGUUAUACUGAUAUUCAGAUGGAUUUGAUGACAUCUUGAUUUAUGUGUAAUUGUAUAAUGGUAAUUCGGAUGAAGUUGUUUGAAACUAGUAUGUGUCCUAUAUUGUGUAGACAAACUCUUUAUUAUAUAUUCAGACCUACGAACGAUGCAACAUCAACUACCCUUUAUUGAUGUUGCAUCGUAUGCAUAAGUUUGAAGAUCGAUAUUACAUGGAAAACCAUAUUGAAAAAAUAAACCAAUAUAUUAGUAUUAAAAUUGGUAUCAAUAGUUGUAUAGACUCAGAAAUUUUGUGUCCCAGAAAAUGGUGAUUUAUAUACAAAACUUUGG